AGAUAUCAAAACAAUGUCACGUGUUGAAGACGAAACCUGCAUCUUGCAAGACAAAGUAAAACACCAUUUUUGCGUGUCAGUAAGUGUUGAGAUUCAGUGUUCGACCCUCUCUGCUUCCUGUUCAACAUUCCAAAACAGAAUCUCAGUAGUCAUUCAUACCUGAUGGAAAGUGAGAAGGCAGUUCCAAACCCUGCAGCAGAUCAGCUUCCUGAAGCAGAAUCAUUGCCGGAUGGUUUCGUAGGAGACAGCUCGAGGAAUGACCAAAUGGCUCCAAAAACACCACAACCUGAGCAGGAGGUCACUGAUUAUAAGGAUGAAAAAGUAGUUGAUCCCCAGUUAAAUACAUAUGAACAACGUGACGAUAGCAAGUGUAAAAGAUCAGAGGAUCAAGUUACAGUGAAAUGUCAGAACAUGGACAACUCUGGAGGAGAUCCGGGCCAAAACAUUUCAGCUGUGAAGGAGACAUCAUUACCAGAGAGUGUUGAAAACAAAAAAAUAGAAGCCUCUGAAACCAAACGGAAGACUGUAAAACGUACUUUUAAGUCUGAAAAAGAGUUUCUGGAAUUCACUUUGAAGUAUCAGCAAGUUCUUGCAGAAAGAGAUUCAGCUAUUGCUGUUCGGGAUAAACUGGAGUCAUUGUGCCGUGAGUUGCAGCGACAAAACAAAGUUUUAAUGGAUGAAUGCAAACAGGUAUCAUCGGAGGGUCAAAAUCUGAGGCUGGAUUUAUCGAACAAGUUUCAAGAUGCAAUUAAGGACGUAAGCAACAAGCUGGAAGAGCAAAAAGAUGAAUGUCUAUUGCAGUUGAAGGAGAAUGAGAUGCUAAAGAGCAAGCUGAAGCAACUUGCAGAUCAGUAUACUCUAUCUGAACAGCAAUUCGCAAACAAGUUGAAGCAAAAGAGCCUUGAACUUCAGCUUGCUGAUUUGAAAACUAAGCAACACGGGGAGAAAUUAAAGCAGGAACAAUCCCAAAUGAAAAUUUAUGCUGACCAAGUGUCUCAAUUAUUGGCAACGGAGAAGAACUUGCGGUUACAAUUGACAGCCGAUGGAGAAAAGUUCCAGCAAUUCCAGGAAGCUUUGCUGAAGAGCAAUGAGGUUUUUGAAACGUUUAAGCAAGAUAUUGAGAAGAUGGCAAAAUCAAUAAAAGAACUCAAGAAGGAGAAUGCUUUCUUGAAGGGAAAAUGUGACAAGUCAGAUGUUACUCUGAUAGAACUCGCUGAGGAGCGUGAAUUCUUGAAGAAACAGUUGGAGAAAACAAGGAACCAGAAAGAGAAGCUUGAAGCAUUGUGUAGAUCGCUUCAAGCAGAAAGGAAAGCACAUUCAGUAGCUUCCAGCAACUCAGAUUCAGUUCAAGCUUGAAGAUUUCUGUAAAAUUAAAUCAUAGCAUGAAGGAUUUUGGCUGCACAUAAUGAAACAAGAAACGAUGUAUCUGAUUCACUUUUUGUUUGUCCUGCAGUUUUAUUCUUACUACUAUUUCUGUUUUUCUCGUAGGGGAUGAAGCAUUUUCAAUUUUGUUAACCAUUAACUUGGUGCCAAGUGCCAGUAGAUUCUAUGAAAUGCUUAUUGACCGAGAACCAUCAUGUAGGAAAAUGUAGUUUCCCUUGAUGUACUGAAAGCUGAGCAGCGCACGAUGAAUGAAUUGGUUUCAUCUCUUCGCUCA